CCCACGGCGCUGCCAGCCCACUCCGAUUCUUGGGGGCUCCAGGAGCGACCUCGAGCCCCGACGGAAAGCACCGUGCCCUCUCCGAGCACCUUUACCCGGCUCCGGGGCUACCCUCUCUGUUGCCCAGGCGCCGAAUCCGGAGAUACAGCGCGAAACCCCGGGGCCCGGGGCGGAAGUGUCGGGCGCAGUGUCGUGUCAUUCCCAAAUUCCCUGCACUCCCUCUCCUUCCCUUAAACUCCUGAGUCUCCUCUCCAGCCUCAGGGACAAAUGCAGGAGCCACAACCUUCCUGGGGCCCUGGAGUGAGCGCCUAAGAACCGAGGAAGGACCUGAGUCCCAAACCACGCCAUGGCGUCUGGUGCACUCGCUCCUCCAGCUCCCGUCUGGUCCGGGAGAGGGGGCGGCAAAGAUCGGAGGGAGCAUAGUGUCCAUGCCCAGAGGCUGCAGGAGCUGCGUGCUAGUGGGCUUGCGGGUGGAAGGGGGCAGGGCAUCGGUGAGCCAGGACCCCAACGACCAUGAAGGAGACGAGGAGGGGCCUCUCCCUGGGCCCGGGGUAUACCCCUCCAACCCCGCCCUCGAGGUCCGCCUGAGCCCAGGACUUGAGAAGCCCAGUGCCCACUCUGGCCGCUCGGCUCAGACGGCGCCUCCCGGGUGGGGACCGAGUGAGGAAUGAAGGAGGGAUACACUCCCUGUUAACGGUGUACUGCCUGCACCCUCCCGCCGGGAGACUGGGCGCCCUUGGCGGUAACAUGCCAUAUGGCAAGGGCACGCUGCGCUGAGCCAGGUGUCCCCGCACGGCCAGGUUGGACCAAUCUCGGAAAGGCCCGUCGACAGAAGUCAGUCCGAGGGUGGGACUCCGUGCCGCAGUUUUGGGAACGCGGGCACCUCUGGGUGCCCAGCAAAAAUGGUGUCCGAAGGUCAUGAGGCAUCUAUCGCAGCUUGGAAGAGUGGGCUGGACUCGUUGUCUUGCUCAUGACCCUGCCCCACCCACAAGCCAGACCACCGCGCCUGGCCCGACCCUCCCCGCGCUCAGGCAGACGCUGAGGCCUGUCUUGCCUGAGUCUCCCAAUAUGGGCAUUUGGAAUGUGGCCGGUCACCCACUGCCGUCCUAGCAUUUGCUCCUGUACCCAAGUCCACAGGUACAGAAACACCGUGUGCAUCCCCCAGGCCACAGCACCCCAGACACGCACACGUAUGCACAUGCACGUGUCCGCCUGGCGCAGGCAUGCUCACGCGCACAAGGGCGCACUGGUACCCAGGAGUAGCGGUGCACGCAGCUACUAGCGUCUACUCGCACUCCCGGGUAAUCAUACACAAACAACCCGCACUCGCGUUCCCGCCCACACAUUUCUUGCCGGUCCGCUGUGGAAUCCAGGCGCUUUAAAUUUUCCCACCAUGGAGGACAGUGUGAAGGGCAGGGCAGCUACAGGGUGGCGUCUGGACGGGCUGGCGUUGGGUUCUCACCAGGGGCAGAUUAUCCAAUAGGCAAGAUAAGCAAGGUCCUUACCUUGCUUACCAGGUCAUCUGUAGUGAACAAUUUCACAUUUUUUCACCACAUCAGAGAUUCUGCUUCUAGGUAUGGCUGGCAUCUGUCUCUCUCCCAAACCCACAGCACCUUCCUACAGAGUCAAAGCCGCUUUUUCAAAUUUACAACCCCUGACAGGGACGAAUUACGCAGUGAGCAAGGUAAGUAUGGGUUUACUUUCGUUUACUAAUCUGUAGUGAACAGUUUCCCCGUGCUUUUCUUUGAUGUGGUGAAACCCCUCUGAAAUUGUUCAGUACGGAUUGAUGAGUAAACACAAAUAAGCCGGUCCUUACCUUGUUUACUGGGUCAUCUGCCUCUGGUCCCCACAUCCCUCUGUCAGGAGGCUUUGCCUGGGGGCUCGUCUAUGCGCGGGCUUGUUGGAGGUGGGGACCGGGGAACAGAUGCCACCGGCUUUAGGUCCGGAGCUGGCACCCAGGGACCGACAUUGCCAUCUAGUGGUGCACACAGCCCUGGGAGGCGGCUGCUCACCUCCUCAGAUCCUAGGUGGGCCUGGAGCCCUGGGAACGCGCUGGAUGGGCUGCAAGCAAAAUGUCUGCCAGUGACUCCGAGGGCUAUAGAAAGAUGGCCUGGGUGGGGUAGGGAGACACUGCGCCUGGUCUUGUCUGGCAACCUCUCCAGGCUGGCCCAAAGCAGGACUAAAACUCUGGGGUUUGGAGGGACCGCAGCACCCCUUCGCCCCACCUUAGCAGAGUCAGGAGGUUGGAAAGAAGAAAAAAAGGUCUCUUCAGGGAAAGCUAAGUAGGGAAGUGUCAGGGAAUGGAAGGGAACCGUCCCCAGCUCUCCGCUGACCAGCUCCCUGGUUGUGUGGUUUCAAGGGUGACAGCAGAGGCAAGAAAUCAACUCUGAGCAGUAGUGCCUGGCUUCUGAGCUCUAAUCCUGCCCCUGCCCCUAUUUACAAACUGGGUGACUUGGGGCAAGUGAAUUAAUGGUAUCCUUACCUGUAAAAAUAGAGCAGUUCUAUUCUGCACACGUCACCAUGAGCCAGAAUUGACUGGGCAGCAACUAACAACAAUGGUGGUAAACCACCAACCCCCCUGCCAUGGAGUCGAUUAGACUCAUAGUGACCCUAUAGGACAGGGUAGAACUGCCCCAUAGAGUUUCCAAGGAGCCCCUGGUGGAUUUGAACCACUGACCUUUUGGUUAGCAGCCAUAGCACUUAACCACUUCUCCCAUCAGGGCUGCUAAAGGCUGCUAUACAGAUUAAGGAAACCCUGGUGGUGUAGCGGUUAAGUGCUCCGGCUGCUAACCUAAAGACAGUUCAAAUCUGCCAGCCGCUCCUUGGAAACCCUAUGGGGCAGUUCUACUCUAUCCUAUAGGGUCGCUAUGAGUCGGAAUCGACUUGACAGCAACGGGUUUUGUUAUACAGAUUAAACCAGAUAAUCUAUAUAAAAAGCUCAAAGGGAUUCCUGACUCAUAGUGAACGCUCAAUAAACAAGAGCACUUCUGUUUUUCAUAUUUGGCACCUCCGGUCCUGUUCUUGUCGCAGGCCUGUGUCCCGGUUCUAGAAGGCUAAGGCAAGGAUUCCUUGGGCUGGCUGGCAGGUCAUGGCCUACCCACCCUGUGCUCACCUUCCAGUGCCACAGGGAGAGCAGCCUGGCCAUGCUGGGUGCUAUGGUCCCUCCAGUGCCGAGGGUGACACCUGAGUCUCCAUUUCAGAGGCUCUGGGAGCUGAAAGGAGCUGCCAGAGCCCCCAGGAGUGGGUGGUGUCUGGUCUUUGCCCUUGACUCAUUGUGCAGCCUUGGGGGUGGCACCACUCUCUCUGAGCCUGUCCUCCUGUGAACCAGGUGAUUUGGAACAGGCCAGCUUGAACUACCAGGCCCAGAGGCUGGAUCUGUAGCUGUGUUGGUGGCGUAGGGAAGUUGGGGUCAGACUUGGAGGGUCACCUUGGCAGUGGGCUGCAGCCUUCAGUAUAUUGUCAUGGUCAGAUAGAGUUUAGGUGUCUGAUCCCCAUAGCUGCUCAGGAAGUGGUCCUAGGACAGGAACCCUCUCUAUUUUGCAAAUGAGAAAGGGGAGCUGGCUUGUCUAAGGCCAGCCAGUUAGAAGUGGCAGACACUGGAGCCCUAGCUGCAGGGCUCUGCUCCUUCCCCCACACCGCCACUCUGCGCUCCCUCUUUGUCUCACACACAGACGCACAGGCCGAGUAUCUGACAAGGAGCUGUGGGGCUGGCGUGGCAGUGAUGGGCCCAUGUGCGUGUGUAAUGCAGCGCGUGUUGGCGGGUGUGAAGGAGGCUGGGCUGCAUGCUGCCUUGGCACCACACGCUGGGCCUGAGCCUCCUCACGUGUUUGGAAGAGGAAGGGGGAGGGAGCCAAAGAAGAGCCAGGUGGGCGGGAGGGCAGGCUCAGGGGAGGGACCUGUGCCGGGAGGACCCCAGAGGAGCCCCAGCUGGGGUACAGUUGGCGUGUGCUUGUGGGGUAAGGGGUACCAGAAGCAGCUCCUGUCUUCCCUCUGGGGUGAUCUUUUAACCCUUUGGCUUCCCUGUUCAGCCAUGGAUCCGGCCCUGGCCCUUGGGAGCUGUGUGUGUCCUUGGGCCCCUUAGGCUUCUGAUUCCUCAGGAGUCUCAGCUCCUAGGAGCUGAUGAAACUAUAGCCGGAGCUCCCAGCUCCCCUGCACUGCCCCUGCCCAGACCCUGGGGUUAGGGGAGAGAGCUCAAGGGAGGGGACGUUGCAGGGGUAUGUAUCUCCAUAGGCCACUCCACUCCUCAUCCUUGAGGUUCCCAGCUCCUCACUGGGGCCAUCCUUUGGUCCUGGGAAAGCCUUCUCCAGGUGGACUCAUGGCCCCUGUAGCUCUUUAAUCCUCCCUGUUAGAGUCCUUAGCUAUGGGACUGCGCUCCCUCCUCCCCUAUAUUCACCCUUGAAGGCAACUUGAGGGUACAGAGCUGUGAAACAACGUUGGUCAGUUUUCCUGUGCCUCAAUUUCCUCAUCUGUAUGUAGUAAAAGAUAACGGUAUCUACUUCAGAGGUUUGUUGCAAGGAUUAAAUGAGUUAAUAGGAAUAAAAAGUGUAGAAAGUGCCUGGCACUUAAAAAAAAAAAAAAGGGAAAACGUUGCUGUCGAGUUGAUCCCGACUCAUAGUGACCCUAUAGGACAGAGUAGAACUGCCCCAUGGGUUUCCAAGACUGUAAUCUUUAUGGAAGCAGACGGCCACAUCUUUCUCCAGCAGCGCCUGGUGGAGCACUUAACCAAUGCACCACUAUGGCUUCUGCCUGGCACUUAGUAUGCAGUAAGUGUUAGCUGCUAAUACAUACUCUUGUAUUAUUGGCUUUGUCUCCAGUGCUUUGGGUAGGGAUUAGAAAGCCAGACCUCUGGUAAUGUUUGGUUAAGAAAGGACUGUGCGAGCUAAGGAAUGAACUCCUCUGACAGGAGUCACACCCACAUGCUGACCUCUCCAGCCUCCUCACCCUCAACUCCCUGGGUGCUAUUCACACUGGCCUUAUGUCCAUGCCUCACACAUGCUUUGGGCCUUUGCUCUGGCCAUGGCCUUUGGCUGGGCCACUCUCUGCUGCUCUUCGUGUUGCUGCCUCCUGGUCAUUCAUCCAGAUCACCUCCUUGGAGAGGCCUCCCUGAUCACCCAGCAAGGAACUUUCGCUGCCCUGUCCUCUGACUCGCUACGUACUCUCACCCUGCCUUAUUUUUUUUUAUCUAGCACUUUCUACCCACUGAAAUUAUUUAGAAAAUUUGUUGCUUGUGUUUUUGUACAUCGCACCCCCUUAGACUAUAAGCUUCAUGAAACUGGGGACCGUGUCAGUCUCAUUCACUUCUGUAAACUCAGCACCCAGAACUGUGCUUGGCACACAGUAGGUGCUCAACAAAUGUUGAGUAAAGGAACGGUUGGAACAGCCUUCUCUAAAGUUCUGCACGGUGAUAUCCCUCUGUCACCUCGACUCCAAUUUACCCUUUCCUGAUUGCCCCGCUACCCACUUCAGUGGCUCACUCCUUUUCUCUCCUCUUCCUCCUCUAGACACUGCCUGCCCGCCCCUGAUAACCAAGAUGGCAAACUUCACACCAGACAAUGGUAGCUCAGGCAACCAGUCUGUGCGCCUGGUCACUUCAACGCAUAACCGCUAUGAGACGGUAGAGAUGGUGUUUAUUGCCACAGUGACAGGCUCGCUGAGCCUGGUGACUGUCGUAGGGAACAUCUUGGUGAUGCUUUCCAUCAAGGUCAACAGGCAGCUGCAGACAGUCAACAACUACUUCCUAUUCAGCUUGGCAUGUGCUGAUCUCAUCAUAGGCGCCUUCUCCAUGAACCUCUAUACCGUGUACAUCAUCAAGGGCUACUGGCCGCUGGGUGCUGUGGUCUGUGACCUGUGGCUGGCCCUGGACUAUGUGGUGAGCAAUGCCUCAGUCAUGAAUCUUCUCAUUAUCAGCUUUGACCGGUACUUCUGCGUUACCAAGCCCCUCACCUACCCAGCCCGACGCACCACCAAGAUGGCAGGCCUCAUGAUCGCUGCUGCGUGGGUCCUGUCCUUCGUGCUCUGGGCGCCUGCCAUCUUGUUCUGGCAGUUUGUGGUGGGCAAGAGGACAGUGCCUGACAACCAGUGUUUCAUUCAGUUCCUGUCCAACCCAGCGGUGACCUUUGGUACAGCCAUUGCUGCCUUCUACCUGCCCGUGGUCAUCAUGACGGUGCUCUACAUUCACAUCUCCCUGGCCAGUCGCAGCCGGGUUCACAAGCACCAGCCUGAAGGCCCCAAGGAGAAGAAGACCAAGACCUUGGCCUUCCUCAAGAGCCCUCUGAUGAAGCAGAGCGUCAAGAAACCCCCCACAGGAGAAGCCACUCGAGAAGACCUGCGCAAUGGGAAGCUAGAGGAGGCCCCUCCACCAGCUCUGCCACCCCCACUGCGUCCAAUGACUGAGAAAGACACUUCCAAUGAGUCCAGCUCAGGCAGCGCCACCCAGAACACCAAGGAACGACCACCCACAGAGUUGUCCACUACAGAGGCCACGGUACCUGCCACACCCGCCCCUUCCCGACAGCCACGUGCCCUCAACCCGGCUUCUAAAUGGUCCAAGAUCCAGAUUGUGACGAAGCAGACAGGCAACGAGUGUGUGACAGCCAUCGAGAUUGUGCCUGCCACGCCAGCUGGCAUGCGUCCAGCGGCCAAUGUGGCCCGCAAGUUUGCCAGCAUUGCCCGCAACCAGGUGCGCAAGAAGCGGCAGAUGGCAGCCCGGGAGCGCAAGGUGACUCGGACCAUCUUUGCCAUCCUGUUGGCCUUCAUCCUCACCUGGACACCCUACAACGUCAUGGUCCUGGUGAACACCUUCUGCCAGAGCUGUAUCCCUGACACGGUGUGGUCCAUUGGCUACUGGCUCUGCUAUGUCAACAGCACCAUCAACCCUGCCUGCUAUGCCCUCUGCAACGCCACCUUUAAAAAGACUUUCAGACACCUGCUACUAUGCCAGUAUCGGAACAUCGGCACCACCAGGUAGGCAGGCAGGGGUGCUCUAGGAGGUGGUCAGUCGUGCGUGUGUUGGGGGACCGGAUGGUUCACCUGCUGUGGUGGAGAGAUUUGGGGGCACCUGUCCAUGCUCUGUGGAAGAGAAGAACUGAAGUCCUGAAGGCCCCAUGAGGUUCAGAAGGAGGUUCUGGCUGGAUUCAGAAGCCAGAUCUCUGGCUCAGGCCAAGGAGGCCCAGCCCUUGGGAGUGUCUGAACCGGGACUGCCUGGCCCAUUUCUGCUGCCCUGCCUCAGGGAGCUGGGGGCCCUGGCCUGGGUGGGCAUCUGCCCACUGUGAACAACCAUCAGCAUGGCUGAAAGAAUUGACAUCUGGAAGGGAACAGAAGCCAGAACCUCUCUUGGGAGGAGCAGAGGAGCUAGUCCUUAGGAAUGGAAGAGGGUGGAAGGGUGAGGUCCUCCAUUCUGCUAUAAACGGUGCUUUCUGCCCCCUGCAUGUAGGCUCAGCCCCUUCCCCCCAAAUCCCACUCCAGGGCCAGAAAUCUUCCCUCCCUGCAGCUAUUCAUCCAGGCCCUGGUUUGGGAGGGUGCUCUGAGACCUGCCCCCACAGCACUGCUCUCAUCACAAGCAAGGUGGAGCAGCUGGGAGAUUCAGGGAUUCACACUCGGGAACCUGAGGUCUACCUCCCUGGGGCCCCAGGCUGAGCCAAGAAUGGUCUGUAUUACUCUGAAAACUCCCGCCUCCCACCCCAAGAAGAGGGCUUGUCCCAGGUCACACAUCUGAGUCAGGGUGGUGAGGUGGUGAGCAAUGUUCCCAUCUGCCCUCUUCAAAUCUCUGGCCUCUGCAGUUCCAGGGAGGCCCAAGGGUCCCAAGGGAAGAGAAUUGGGGAGAACUUGUUGACCCAGACAGGCCUCAGUGAGUGUGGGGGAAGCAGGCAGCCCCCAUCUCUACUCUCCCCAAUGGGUAGGACUUUCCUGAUUGGCAGUGGGCUGGACCAAAAGACCUUUGACUGGAGGUGAUGGAGGGGGCGCUGAGAUGGGAGUUAGUUCUGGUUUGUCUUUAGAGUGAGUUCCAUCCCCCAGCCCUGGAGUGGCCCCUGGGAUUGCUAAGGGCUGCAAGGCUUAGGGGACUAGGGGCAGGGUGUUAGUUGGUUAAAAGUUCAGUAAGGGGCCCUGGGAGAAAUUUCCAUAAACCUUCUGCUAUUUCCAUGAGCUCUGGGGAGCAUGCACCACCAAGCCCCCAGACCCUUAAAGCCACUGGUUCCUUCAGCCUGGUCUUUCUCCCCAUUUUCCUACCCCCAUACAAAUUUCCACAGCAGACUCCCUGGGAAGGGGCUUUUAUAUAUUAAAAAAAAAAAAAGCUUUUAUUGGGGGA